UAUAUGAAUCCUUCAUAGUCCUACUGACUUGAUUGUCCUCCACUAUUCAUUGCAGCCUGGUCACGUGGAUUCAUUCAAAAUUGAUUAUGAUCAUUGUACGACAACACAGCUUUGACUCGGAUUCAUCCUGUACCCACCUCAAAUUUGGAUCCACAGCCCUUGUGGGAACCUCCUACAAAGAUUCAGUCGACAUCGCCGUGAUUCUACCAUGGAUCUUCCGCCAAGCUCUACUUUGCCGCCAUACGAAUACACCGAGCUCGAAGACGCAGCAUCGUAUCUGCGAAUACUUCGGAUUUAUCCAAGCAACCAAAAAGAUAGUGAUAUCAAUUGCGAGUUUGUGGAAGUUCCUUUCGACGGCGAUCAAGGAUAUGAGGCCUUGAGCUGGUGCUGGGGCAUCCAAAAGCAUGACAGACUAAUAAGGGUUCAUAAAGAUGGAAGUGUGUUUGCCCUCAAAGUCACCUAUAAUUUGGAAUCGGCUUUGCGAGCCAUGCGCUGUAGAUACAGGGAAAGAUUCUUAUGGGUUGACAUGGUGUGCAUCAACCAGGCAUGCACCGCCGAGCGAAACAAGCAAGUGUCAAAAAUGGAUCGAAUCUAUGGCCAAGCCUGGGGCAUCUGUAUUUGGCUAGGUGAAGAGGACGAAGACAGCAAAAUGGCUAUAUCGUUUAUCAGAAACAAAGUUCUUCAGAUCGGGAAACACGACGAACUGUGUGAAAACACAAAAUACUAUCCUCUCUGGGGCGCAUUUAUCAGACUGAUGGGACGUCCCUGGUUCUUUCGCCGCUGGGUCAUACAAGAGAUUGCUUUGUCUAGGAAAGCGACGAUAUACUGUGGCAGGAAAAAGACAUCCUGGAAAGUGUUUGCCGCGGCGGUAUCCCUACUGGUGGAGGCAGAAGCAAGAUCGUUCAAGCUGUCCAGAUUCAUAAACCCCGACAACUCUCCCGGAGGCGUCCAAGGACUGGGAGCGGUCGUCUUAGUGGAAGCCACUAGCAAUCUUGUUCGCAGUUCCACGGAAGGCAACAAAGAACCUCAGCUACUCUCAAGCCUGGAGUACUUGGUUUCCAGUCUCCCAAUUUUCCAAACUAGUCAACCCCGUGAUGCAAUAUACGCGCUUCUCGCAAUUGCCCAAGACACAAUGGUUCAAACAAAAUACCGGGAAUCAUCAACAUCACUGGUUAGUGCUAAAUCAAGCUUAAAUGUCAUUAAACCAAUUUCUCAGGCCUACCAUGUCGACUAUACGCAGCCAGUUAUUGAUGUAUACCGGGAGUUUGUCGACUUCUCGAUCAGCAAUUCGGAAAAAUCACGGGCCCUGGACAUAAUCUGCCGACCAUGGGCCCCUAAAUUCACUCGGAAACAAGAACGCGUUGGCUUAGAGGAACCUGAUGGACAACAACUAGAAUCAGAAUUGGAUGAAGAAGACCUAUACGUCACUUUGCCAUCGUGGAUACGUAGUCUUAGUGAGAGUGCAUUCGGAGUUUUGGCGAAUCCAUGGAUUAAAACAGCUCCGGUUUCUACGCGGCGUAUAAAUGCCAAUACGCUCGUGGGACUUCCUAUAGCAGGCCAUAGGAAUUAUAGCGCAGCUGGAACAGAACCCGUCACUGAAUUGAAACACAUGUUCAAAAAGAGGAGUAACCAUCACAGCAUGUUUGUGGAAGGAUUCGUGCUGGACAAGGUAAAACAUAUGUAUGAGCCUUCUAAACUGGGACAUAUACCACGAGCCUGGCUCAAGCAUGGGAAAUGGAAGAAUCUUCAGAAAGACCCCCCGGAAGCGUUUUGGCGAACACUGGUUGCUGAUCGAGCAUCGAAUGGGAGAAAUCCCCCAACGUACUAUCCACGGGCGUGCCGAGAAUCACUUAGAAAACCGACGGGCGAAGCCUUUGAUAUACAACAGUUGAUCAACGAAGGACCCUCCACCAUCGUCGCAGAAUUCCUGCGCAGGGUACAGGCCGUCAUCUGGAACAGACGUCUCAUCGAAACAGAAAACGAACGCUUAGGUCUUGUUCAUAUCGAAGUCGAAGAAGGCUAUGAAAUAUGCAUCCUUUACGGGUGCAGUGUUCCGGUGGUCCUACAAAAAGUCUUGAAGACCCAGGAGGAGAUACAACAAGAACUCGAUGAUGAC